AUGGCUGGUAUCGCUUACUACACCAUUGCCGGCAAGCAGGUCGGCGGCCACUACCUGGCCAUGGCCUGGCUGGGAACCCUCUUCGCCGGUGUCAAGUACGCCACCUCUGGCAGCUCUGCUAAGCCUACCGCUACCGCUACUCCUCCCAUCAACGCCUCUAGCUCCGACGAGGCCAACUUCAUCCAGGACUUCCUUAACCAGCAGGACAAGAAGAACUAG